UUUAUUCUUGCUGCAGCCUGCAACAAAUAUGAACUCUUUCCACGACACUGCUGUCUUUAUUUGGCUAAAGUGGACCGGUAUAUUUCCAGACCCCCUUUGUAGGGUAACAAUAUAUCUAUAUCUAUAUAUCUCUAUCUCUAUAUCUAUCACCCUGAACUUACUUUGGGAAAAGUCUUUGGUAAAAAGAGACAUGCCAGAAUUGGAAUAGGACCUUUUGUAAGGGUCAAUGACACCAGUGUUAAGUGAUUCAUACAAAAUUACCCUCCUGUUGUAAAAAAACAAACUUCCUCAUUAGAUGGUAUGAUGGAGAAGUGCAAUGCAUUUAGGGUGGAUAACCUGAGCUAAGAAAGCUUUAUAAGGCAGGGGUUUUCAGUCCCCGAACCUACCAAGCCAAACCACAAACACCCUCCUCUGCAAACCUCUUUCCUGUGCCACAGACUACAGCAUGGCUUUCUCCGGCAAAUACGAAGUGGAAAGUGAGGAAAACUAUGAGAGUUUUAUGAAGCGCAUGGGUAUGUAUCUAUUAAGACUUUUCGUUUGCUGCACUCAGAUCAGUAUUCCCCAAUUGACUGCCCUGCAGUUGUUUUGGAUUUUAGCUUCCAUCAGUUCUUCUGGUGGCACAGCCAGUAGUCAGAGGCAAUGGAAGAUGCAAUCCAAAUCAUUUGGAGGGUACCAGGUUAUGGAAAGCUGACUUAGAGAAUUGCUUAGAUUGUCAGCUGCUGGUUUCAGAAAACAGCCUCAACAUGGGAAUUAUGGCAUCUUCAGUUGGGAUCUCCUGGUGAAACUCUGCAGUCUUUCAGACUUACACAACAUUAUUUGGCAAGCAGAAUAAAAACCACUGCAUUCCGGCAGAUUGCCGUACAGUGGUAUUCUGCUUGAUAGAAUGACAUUGCAACUCAGAUUCCUGCAUUCUUUUAUUAAUCUUUUGGUUUUUAUACCACUCCUUUGGGGUUUGUAUUUUUGUACACCUCUUAGAAAAUCUGUAUACCACAGCAAUUUAGAAAUGCUUUUAAACAAAUACAUUGGAGGAGGUUUACAUUAACGUUGUCUUUUCAUUGGGCUAGGUUUUCCUGCCGACACAAUUGAAAAAGGAAAAAAUUUCAAGAUUGUUACUGAAGUGGUACAGAAUGGAGAUGAAUUCACCUGGUCCCAGAUUUACCCAAGCGGGCAUUCCAUGACAAAUAAGUUUGUUAUUGGCAAGGAAUCCGAAAUGGAAACAAUGGGUGGUAAAAAAUUCAAGGUAAAUGAUUGUAGCUACUGCUCUCAAAGGACUAGCCGGGAUUCAAAGGGGUGUGGCUGGGUUGGCACACUAGCAACACUUUAUUGAAAUGAAAUCCUUAAUUGUAUUCAGCCAAGGCGGCAACUAAUGUAUGUAAAUCUGUUGCAGACAACUGUUAAAAUGGAAGGUGGAAAAGUGGUUGCUGACUUCCCUAAUUAUCAUCAUACUGCAGAGAUUGCUGGGGGCAAACUAGUUGAGGUAAUUUCCUUAAAACUUUCCUUGAAGAUUGAAUGUGUGAUGCCCCCCCCCCAAAAAAACUUGUAAAAUGGUGUUUACAGCAUUAAAGCAAAAUGUUAGCUGAAGAAUGGACGGAAGGCAUGAUCAUUUUAAUGGCCACCAAUACCCACGUACUGGGUACGUCACUUGAUCAAUUCAAAAUACAAAAUAAUUCUAAAACUAACUCACUAUUAUGAAGCAUUUGAAAGUAUAACAGGCGAGGAGGAAACACAAUACUUUGCAAGCAGUGUUGCAGAGACACACUAGGUUGAAAUUGUUGUUCAGUAGUGCCCUCUAGAAAAAAAUAACUCUUUCGGCUACAUUAAUGAUUAUUUUAUAAUUGUGAAUUGGAAGUUUCCUCUUUUGUGUCUCCCCUCCUCCCUUAAAUUCAUGGCACAGGACUCCUGAAUCAUUAGCAAUUGUAAAGAAGGGAAUUCACAAAGCAUUCCAGGAUGUUAACAGCUAUAUUUUCAAUCCCAGCUUCCAGCUUCAUCAGCAAUGUUUGCUUUAUCCUUUACUGCAGAUUUCUACAAUUGGCGAUGAAACUUUCAAAAGAAUCAGCAAGAGACUGGUCUAAGAAGCCGUUGGAGGAGGAAGAAUUGUGGCCUUACUGAUACUUGAAAAGUGAGCAAUAAAAAAACCCAAUAUAAAGUAACG